GCCUAUCGAAUUGCGUUUUGGCAUUUAAAAUUCGGUAAUCGUGACUUUACGAGAGUGAACGAUCUAUUAGUACCUAAAUUCCUUGUUUCUUUGUUCAAAAAUUAAAGUUUUUUGGUGUAUUUUAUAAAAAGAUUUAUGUUAAUUCUUUAGAGAAACUUGUUUUGUGAUAAUAUGAUGUGUUAAAAGUGAUUAUUAUUUCUAUGAUACCCAUAAAUUCUUUCCAAUUUAUCGAAGAAGCCCGCUUAUAUUGUCACCAUUGAAUAUCUCUAUCAGCUGUAAUUUAUUUUCAUCAACUUUUUUUUAAUAUACCAAGCGUCUUCGGUAUUGUCAUUAUAAUUUUGUUGUGUUGUUCGAUUAUUAAUUUAAGUUAUUCAUGAUGUUCAGUUGCUUUUGUCUUAAUAUUCACAUUGAGACCGCUUCAAAUGACUUCCAAAAGAUUAUGACAGAAUCAUUGAAUUUAAAUGAAGAGGAGAAGAACGAUGUAUUUUUUGAGCAAGAACUGUUGCAAGUUGUAAAGUUGAAAAAUAUAACUAAAGUUUUACCUACAAUGGUACAAACGCGGACUGUUGGACAUUGGAAUAUAAAUUGUUGUUUAAAUUGCUUAAAAGAAACUUAUGCUGUGCAUAGAGAUAAAGGAGCAGCCUGUGUAGUGAUGUCUUCAAAAUUAUUGGAUUCCAAAUCAAUAGAGAAAAUUAGGAAUGAACAAUUAGCAAUUUCUAAGGUUUUCAAUGUAAUUAUAAAUCCAGGUGAUAUUAAUGAAAACAUCAAUGUUAUAAAUUUAUACCCAAAUUGUGACUAUGGAUCCAUUAUUAAAAGUAUUAGGGAAGUUACGUCAGAGUUUUUGAGGAAGGAGAUGGUGGCCGUUGAGGAAAGGAUUAAGAAAUAUUCCGAAGAACAAUAUGAAAUAUUGAACAAUUUAAAAGAUACUGCAUAUGAAGAACAUGAUUCAUUAGUAACAUUAGUUCAACGAUUUUCUGAAAAAACUAAACCAACAACAAGUACAAAUCAUUUCAUGGAGUCUACACAGUUUCGGGAACCUCUAGCAAAACCUUUCAAUUUAACUGAACCAAUUAGUUUGAAGUCAAAUGAAAAGGCAAAACAGGUGAGGCAUACUCCAAAAAAACAAAAAAGUUCACCAGCAGUACCAGUAACAUCCUAUGAUGCAGAAGGCCUAUUUGACUUUGAUGGUAGUGAUGAUGUUAAUUCAUUUUCGGAAAGUGACGUUGGAGAAAGUGACAGAGAUGAUAGUAAAGAUGAUCGUAUGAACAUACCAAGACAAAGAUCUCUGAGAGGGAGUAUAGCAAAAUCUUUACCUAUGAAUAUUCCAACGUUUCUUUCUCAAGCUAGGAAUCCGUCUUCUGAAGAUUUGGAUGAUAUGCCUCAAGAUGAUAAUAUAGACAUAGCAGCUAGUAUAAAAGCGCUGGCCAAAAGUGUCCACGGUGAUACUGUUUUUGGGGAACUACCUCGUCCAAGAUUAAGUACGCAAAUAUAGAAUUUUCUCAUCUUCCAAAUGAUGCUUCCAGUAAGAAAACCACCAAGUAUGAGAAUUUGAAAAUCCGCAAGGUAAAAAAAUGGUUAUUGUGAGAUCUUAAGGAUUAAAGUGACAUGUGUUAAUUGUAGGGUAUAAGAAAUGAGUUUUUUAUUUGUUUUGUUUGGCAUGUUAAUCGAAGUUAUGUGGAAAGUUUGGAUCGGCAAAAAAUGUCAUUUUCCUCAAUAUUGAAUUUUUGAUUCAUACUUUAAUGAAUGCUAAUUACUUAGUCAGAUCUUUUCCAAAAAUCAGCUGUCAUACUUUUUUUCUUGUAUGUAUUUGUUACUUACUAUGAUGUAUGGUGAUUGUAUUUUGUAUUGAUUGGUUAAAUUAUGUCUCGCAAUUCAAUUUCAUGCAACAAAAUGGGUUUUUUGAUGGUUUGAUAAAAUAGCUAAUUUUCGAGUUAUGGCCCAAAUUUCCUGCCAAGUAGUCAGUACAGUGGUUUAUAACAGUCCACUUAAUAUUCAUUAUUAUAUUACAAAUCAAUUUUAUAUAUUUGAACUAUUUUAAGUGUUAGUUAUUGUUAUUCUGCCCAUCUAAAUCCUUAAUGAAGAAACUGAAUUUUUCCACUACACAUAAAAAAACUUCGAUGACUUGUCUAUUAUCAGAGAUUAAUCUGAAUGUAUAAUAAAAACAAUAGAACAAAAAUAUCUUCAAUUUGAUUACUAAAAUAUACUUUUUUGAAAGAUUUUAUAACCAGUGCAUGUAAAUAGUAUUAAAAAAUCAAUAUUUUAUAAAACUAUUUUUCUCCUAUUGAAAAUUAGGGGAAAUUUAUGAAAGAUAAUGUAUUCAUAUUAUCUAUUGGGAUGGAUUGUUCUUCAUUCCAGUCCGUAUUUUAUUUACCUUAUUUUGCCACCUUUUUAUUGGUCUUCAUUUAUAAUUCUUAUUUGAUUUAAUUGUCCCAUGGGUUGUGCGUUUAUGUAUUUCAAAAUAGAUUUAGUUAUUCUUUUACUUCUUUAUUCCAUUUCUGGUUAUGAUAUUUUUUCUUUGUGUGUAUUUUUGAUAUCUUUUGUUAUUUUUGAUGCUUAUAGGAUUGCUGGUCCAAUGUCAUAUGUCUUUUAUUUUAAGCCUUUCCCUUCCUAUAAGUAGUAUCAUUAAUAUCCAAGUAGAGAUUUCAGUUUGCUUUUUCUUUCCAUUCAGUAUGCUUUUUCCGAGUCAAAACCUUUUCCAUUAUUUUUUCCUCCCUAUCGGUUACUCUUCCCCACAAUAUGUUUAUUUGUAUUACCAUUAAUGUUCUGGAGUGGAUGUACCCGAAAAUAGGUUUGUCACUAAUUUAUUUUAGUGAAAGCUUGUUUCUAGGUACCUAAAUUACAGACUUUUCUUUAACUCAGUUUAUUUUAUCCUGAAAAUUUGUGAAAGACAUUCUUGUCAAUGAUAAUUAAGGGAGCUACUUUAUUUUUUUUGUAAAAUAAAAACAAUUCUAUUAUUUGUGUGUUAUCCUAAAUUUGGUGCAGCAUCCACCUAUAACCUUCAAUUAUGCCGUAUUAAAUAAUAAGUGGAUAUUUGUUUUUAAUUAUUGUUUGAAAAUAUAUGAAGGUCUAGUCCCGAAUCGGCUGCUAUGUUUUGUUCCCCUUUUUAAAUAUUUUGUAAUUCCUUAUUUUUUCUUUAAAUAUCUGUGCCAUAAUAAUUGGUUUGCUUCCUAAAAAUUUUUUUAAUGAUGAUUAUAACGAGAUGUGAAAAAUAUUUUAUUUUAAAAUGCUGCGAUGGUUAUAAGGAAUUUCAUGAUUAGAAUAUCCUACUACAUAAAUUAUUUUAUUAUUUUUCAUGUAGUUUUUGGUAUAAAAAACUGAAUAUUUUUAGUGACUGAGCUGAUAAAUCAGAAUAUCUUAAAAAAUAAAUCACUGAUGCUCGCUUGGUGUUGUAGCUAUUUUAUAUACUAUAUAAUAAAAAGACCAGGUUCACUUUCUGUUCCAACUUUGAAUAAGAUCAACAAAAAAUAAUUUCACUGUACCAAAAAUAUGGUGAUAGAUUCAUGUUUAGAUGAAAAAAAUAUGAGUUAAUAUAGCCCACACUUAUUAUCUCACUUUGAUAUGGUGAGUAAAAUGGAAUGAUAAACUGAGACAUUCAUUCAUUGGUGUCGAAUCUGUAAGGGGGAGGUAAAUAUGUCAAUUCAUCUGAUUUGAGUAAAUUAAAUGAGUUCACAUUAUUUGAAAUUUCUUGUAAAUGGAAUGCUAUAAUUAUUCAUUACUUUAUAGUGUUCCUCUUUAUCUAUUCUUUCAAAACAAAUGUGGUAAUAAAAAAUAAUUUAAACAUGAGAUUAUAGGCCGAGAAACAUUUUAAAAAGAUGUUUCUAAUUAUCAUAAUUCCAAAGUCAGUUUAACAUGCUCAGUAUUCACUUGUGAAACAAUUUCCGAACCUAAGUCAAAACAAUAACUUUUGUUCUAAAAUUAUAAAAUAUAUCAUAUUCCUAGUUUCGAUACAUUUGAAAGAUAUAUUUCACAUUAACAGCUCUUAAGCAAUCUCUAAUUUACUGGACGCUGGGAUAUUAAUUACCAUAUUGAUAUCUUCUAGGUUCCAAUUACAUAACUGUUUACAUUAAUCUUCCGGUAGUCGCGCCAAUUUUUUUUUUCAAGAUUUGCCGUCUCGAUCUCACAGACCAAGUGGGGUUCAAAAAUAGGAAAUGGUUUUGUAUAUUUUUGAUAGAAUAUGGUAUAGUAAAAAAAUCAUUGUAGUUGAAAAAAAUUCUUAAAUCUAUUUUAAUUGAAAUAUAGUGAAGGUUUGAAAAAAUACACAUAUAAAAAACAUACUAAAAAAUAUAAUUAAAAACAAAAAAAAUUGUAAAUCGAUUUAAAAUUUGAAAAUGGUAACUCAAUAUAUGUUAAACAAAAAACCUGGGGCUAGAUCAGGGGUGGGUAAAAGUCAGUGGACUGGACUCGGCCCUUUUGCUUGCUUUAUUCGGUCCUUUGAGAAAUCCCGCCAUGCAUUUUUUCAAUCUCUAAUGUUUUUCUGCAAAUAUAAUAAUAAAUUGGAAAAGUGUUCAAAAAUUACGUUACACAGUUCAGAAAUAGAUCAUAUGUAGUGUUUUGGUCAAAAAAUGUGGGUGGGGAGAAAUGCACUAAAACAUUCGUGUGUUUACGGUCUUUGGCCCGGUAGACAUUUUGAAAAUCUCAUUAUGGCCCGCGCCUAGGAGUAUUUACCCACUCCUGGGCUAGAUACUAUUAUUGCUCUUCCCUGCACUUGCAAUACAGGUAGAAGUUCUCUAUCUUCUGUGUUAGUAACUUUCAUUAAUCUUAGCUUUAAUGUCUUCUGAAGAUUCGUUAUAGCUACUUUCUGUUGCAACUGAGGAUGGAUUAAUAAGUUUGAUAUAUCUCUCAAAAAAUGUCGUCGACGUAAAUCAUUUUUUAUCGAGAUUGUUAUCUUUGUAUAUAUAAGUUGGAAAUUGAUUCCUGCAACAUUCAACAUAUUGUAAAAUAUCACCAUGGGCCAUCUUUUAUCUUUGGUAUAUAUGAAAGGAUUGGUAAAUCGUCGGUGAAGCCAAACAUACUUGUGUAGGAUAGGUCUUUUAGUAGGUUUUGAAAAUUCAAUUGUCAAUUCAACUUUAUUUUUUCUUAUUGUUCCAACUACAGGGAAUAUACUGACGAAAAAACUAUCUUCCUCUAAAUGCUGGAAGCAUCUCAUCAAUGGUGAUAUAGGCCGAAUAAUUAUAACCAUUUCGAAAUUUUUUUACAAAUUUAUCGAAUAUUGAACGAAUGGAAGCUAAUUUAUCAAAUUUUAUUCGAUCUGAGCGUGUUUCUUUGUCAUCAAAUCGUAAGCAAUGUACAAGAAAUCGGAACUUCUGCAAACUCAUUGCAAGGAAAAACAUUUUUAAGCCAUACCCAUUUCUUCUCGAAAUAUCCUCGGCAUUUGAGCCAUUGGAGUCAUCAAGGCCAGAUAAUUAUAAGAGUCCUGUAAAGCCCAUAUUUCGAUAUUUUUUGUUUCUCAUUCUUGAAAAAUUUGCUUGAAUAGACAAUAUGUUUUUAUUCGUACUUUCAACAAUAAUUCCAAUUAUCUUGUCAUCGAAGAAAUAAAUACAAAUCUCCCCAGCGGUCUUUAAACACUUGGUUGCCUGUGUUGACCCUGCUAAGCUGAUAUUAUAUUAUCCUGCUUUGUUCUAAUAGUUUUUGGCUAGAUUAGGUUAGGUUAGGUUAUAUUCUUAGUUGUUCUUCCAUAUUUGUUAGUCUCAUUGUUUCAGCGGUGUAUGUAACUACUGGUUUUAUCGCAGUAUCGUAGACUCUUAAUUUCGUGCUCGGCUUAUUCUCUUGCCCUGCAUUAUAAUUUUGUAUUGCAAGAAUUCUUUGUCUUGUCUCAUUUUUUGUUUCGUUUAUAUUGCUUAUCAUUGUACUUAAAGGUGUCGAUUACUUCGAAGAUGAGGUCAUUUAUCUUGACUGUUUCUUGUUGGCGAACUUCUUCUUCCUUUCAAUUUCCAUAUAUUUUGUCUUUUUCUUUUUUUGAUUUAUUUUCAAUUUUCUUUUUCCUGCCUCCCUUACAAUUUGUUCUGAUGUGCUCUCAAGACUCGCUUGGUCCCUUGCUAAUAGAUUUAAAUCAUCAGCAUAUGCUAUUACUUGUAUUGAUUUAUUAAUGAUACUUCCAUCUAUUUUACAUUCCCUUAUUAAGCCUUCAACUGCAAUGUUAAACAAUACCGCUGAGAGUCCGUCACCCUGCCUUACACCAGCAUUUAUUUCAUAUUACUCAGAUGGUCCAUUUUUUGUUAUUACCCUUGCCUCAACACUUUCUUGCGUAUCUGAAAUUUUCUUGUUUAUAAUCACUUUCAUGAAUCACAAAUUCCUCAUUGUCCCGUUCCUCUUCAUCGGAUUCAUCUUCAAAAACAAUUCAUUCACUAUCACUAUCAUCUUGUCCUACAUAAUUCAGAAGUUUUUACAAAUAUACUUGCUCCUUUUCAUUUUUCUGAAAUAGAUAUUGAAUAACAAAACUAUCUAGAAAAUUAUAUUUUCAUACUAAUUUGUAACUGCAGUUAUUGCGCCAGUCUGAGAUACGAUAACUCGACAGACUACCCCGCACCAACUGCCAAAAAUUGACUGAAUUUCGAUCUUAAUGAUAAAGGUACUAGUCCGUUCAGCCAAAUAGGGUACAAAUCUUAUUGUUUACAACAUAAAAGGGAUGGCCUGCUCUCACAGACAAUGGCGCGACUACCGGAAGGUUAAUAUAGAACCCAUUAUCCAUUUUACUCAAUAUUUUAAUAUCUUUAAUUUUAUCUUAGAAAAUAAAAUUGUUUUAAUUUGUGAAUAUCUAUUAAAAAUACGGGGACAUUGAAAUUACUUUGAAGAAAAUUCAAUAAAAAUGAAAAUUUUGCCCAAAAUAUUUACCCUUUCAAGUUCAUAUUGUCUACAUUGUCGUCAUUCUUCAUUAAAACAACAAAUAAAGCACUUUAACUUGUAAGUGACCACAAAAGACUAAUCUGAUGGAGUUCAAAUCAACAGUAUCCGGCCGAUUACAUUUGUGCGGAAGCGUUUAUCGUAGGUCAAGAAUUUUAAAUAUAGGAAAAAAAUCAGUGCAGCUCGUUGCGCAGGGUCUACUUUGCAACAAAAUAGGCCGCGGUUUAUAACAACACAGAUAUAUAACAUUAAAUGGGCGUUCAAUUAACUAGACAUAGGUUUUUAUCUCACGUCAAGUGAACAGCAUUUGGGUAUAGAAUCUGUUGAUUGGAUUAUUAGGAACACCUUCACAACAUGGGAUGCAAAUGGCUAAAGGUGGGGGGUCUCAAAUAAGCCUUACAUAAUAAUAUAUGUCUGUGGUAUAUAUGAAAUAAUAAAAAUUUGAGGAUUCCUUGUGAAAUCUAUAUAUUAUAUAUUUAUGGUCUUCUUCGACAACGCUGUAGCCUAAUCAAUGUAUUUACCUUGUGAAAACUGGUAUUUUUGAAUAUUUAAAAAAAUAUUGACAUUUAUUAUUUUUUGCAUCUCGUUGUACAAUUGGCUUCUUCAUAUCAUUUUAUUGAUUUAAUUUAUAUAAGAUAUUUGCAACUAUUUUUUCUUGUUGCUUUUUUGCAAUAUCUUGUAUGUUUGCUGUGUUGAUGUAGGAUCUAUUACUUUGAUCUGUUAUUUUAGAUUACUUUUUUUAUAAUUAUUAUUGCUUAUUGUAAAAUGUAAAUAAAGGCAAAAUAUAUAAAAAACACUGAAAUGUACAAUUAUAGUUUGUAAUUUUUUAGAAUUGUAUUAUUCAUUAUACAUUUAAUUAAAAGACAUACCAA